AUUAUAUUUAGCUAUGAAAAACUUGUUUGCAGUUUAUUUUUAAUAGAAGAAUUACGUGAAUAUUUACAUCAAGUGCAAAUAUGCUUCGAAAUCUAAGGAAUCGUUUACGUGAUACACAAGAUUUGGAGUUAAUGUUAAAACAAAGAAAGGAUGUAGAAGAAAAACGAAAAUCUGUUUGGAAACGAAUGAUGUUGAGGAACCUAGUCAGAGCUCCUAAUUAUUCUUACUACCAUUGUGAUCCCAAUUUGGUUGAUCUGGAUUAUGCUGAAAACAAGGCGUUAGGAAAUCUGAAACCAGAUGCCAGAAAGAAAUGUUAUAAAAGAACAAAAUUGGUUGGUUAUAGUAGCUGUGUUAGAAAAAUAAUAUUCAGCAAGAAGAGAAAGAGAAUAGCAUACAAUGGAGAAAAAAACUAUGGAAACUAUUCUCAUUGCUUAUCAACAAAACUCACUUCUCAAAUAAAAGUUCAAUACUUAGAAGUACCGAAUGGAAAAGAAUGA